AUGACGUCAUCUGAUCUCCCAUCUAUUGAACAGAUGGAUUUCAUUACGAAGCUGUCAUUCUUUCAAAAUCCAGAACAUAUAUUACUUGCAAUUAAUGAAUUAUCUACCGGAAAUGUGAACGAAAAUACAUUAUCGAUGUUUUUAUUAAUUAACUACUGGUGCACCACGAAAUGGUCUCAGAUAAUGGAGUCUGACCUUGUUUCACAACUUCACGUUUUAUUAUUUCAAACAAUUCUUCCGUUUUUUAGUAAAUAUCCGCCAGAAAUACAAAAUCAAGUAAGUUCUACACAGACAUCAUUUUUUAUAAAUCUUUAUCAAUCAAUGGAUGAACUUUUUGCAUGGAUUUUUCAUCAAAAUUCCGAUUUAAGUGUUUCAUUUAUGAAACACCUUUCUAAAAAACUAAACAGCUAUUUACCUACGCAAUUAGAUCAGAUACGAAACCUAAUCGAAGUAAUAAAUACAACAGGAAUCGCUUCACAUAUCGGAGAAUAUGCAAUGUCAUUAUAUUCAACAAAUCCCGAUGGCUGCUACAUAAUUACAGAUUCUAUAGCGCCAUGGUGCAAUACAAGCUGGGCAAUUGAAGAGAAAAACCUUUCAAUUUUACGAACUUGGCUAAAUUCAUCUACAUCUUUUGGUCACGCGUUAUAUUUAUUCUAA